GUGAUCACACAUGUACACGUGGCCGGUAUAAAACUUGACUGGAAACCACUCCCAGAGCGCAGUGAAGGGGAGUGGUUUUACCCUGGUUUCCAAAGCAAUAAAGACAAACAAGUGUAGCUUUUACAGGCUGUACAUGUGAUAGAGGUCUGAAAUGAGCAGAAAUUCAAAUUCCAUAAGCGACACUCGAUCUCAUAAACUAGAGCCUCCGGCUGCUAACAAUGGCAACCCUGUGUUCACCUGUGACAAGGACUCCAUGGUCAAGGCUCAGACUACUGUUAACAGCCCCAAAACCAAGGAGCCUCUGAGCAGCUGUCAGCACCCAAUGUACUCUACCUCCUCAAACUCUUACGGACAACUGCAGGGUACAAUAGAGACCACCCCAAACAGCUUUCAUGGCAGGUCACAAGGAUUCUCAGAGCAUCUUGGACGGGCUGGAAUGUACCGAAACCAUUCACUGAACACCUCAUGACAGUAUGAACCCAACACUGACUCUCUCGUGCAUUUAUCCACUCCUCAUCUAGUCAUCUAGUCUAUGCAGUUGUAUGUAAGUAAAUACGCUGUUCUUGUUUAGUUGCUUGUGUAUACAUGUAUACAUUUUAUUCUGUUUUGCGUAAUACGUUAAUUUAAAAGUACCGCAAGUCA